AGGAAACGUGUGCGGACUGCGGGCAAAAUGAAAACAGAGAAUCAAAACACAAAAUAAUAAUAAUACUCGAUCAAGGUAAAAAAACCGACACAUUUGCGCAGAUUUUGACUGAAUUUUCAAAAUCACGUUAGAGAGAAUGAGACUUGGACUUCAAAUAAGCUGUGAAUUGGAACAGGUCAAAACUCUUCGGCCUAAAAGUGACGGCUCCUUCAAUUGGUGCCUCAAAGUCAAAUGCGGCUCGUGUGGAACCGAAGACCCGACGUGGCACCAAGUGAGUGAGUCGGACGCCGACCAGUACAGCGACGUUCAGGGCGACGUCAACUUCCACAUGAAGUGCAAAUUCUGCAAGAGGCCUGGUUUCAUCGACGUUGUGAAAGGGUCCAGCAAAGAGUACACCGAGGACGACAGUGGAAAAUUCAAAACAAUUGUCAGCUUCACCUGCAAGGGGAUUGAGCCAUUCCAGUUUGCUUUUGAAGGUGGCUGGGAGGUGAAAUGUCUGGACUCAAACACUACUUUUGAGGACGUCGACCUUUCCGACGACUGGGUCGAGUUCGACGGGAAGAGUCAAUUGCCUGUGGGGAUCUCGGAGACCAAGUCUCAAUUUGUUCGGGAGCCGGAAAAUAAAAAGUGAGCGUUUUUUACUGCAAAA